GUUCACUGGUUUCUCGUGUUGCGUUGCGUAGGUGAGCCAGCCAUCUUUUACCGCCCGCUUCCCUUCCCUUCCCUUCCCAAACCCUAACCCCCCCAAAUCUCCCACACCGCUCCCCCGCCGCCAUGGCCGCCUCCGACGCCGACGCCGCGGAGGUCGAGCGGCUCUACGAGCUCGGCGAGCGCCUCUCCUCCGCCAAGGACAAGUCCCAGCACGCGGCGGACUACGAGGCGAUCAUAUCGGCCGUGAAGGGGCAGAGCGUGAAGGCGAAGCAGCUCGCGGCGCAGCUCAUCCCCCGCUUCUUCCGGAGCUUCCCGGCACUCGCCCCGCGCGCCAUGGAGGCCAUGUUCGACCUCGUCGACAUGGAGGAACUCGCGACUAGAAUACAAGCUAUUCGUGGUUUUCCACUUCUUGCCAAAGAUGCAGAAUUUGUCUCAAAAAUUGCCGAUAUCCUUGGACAACUCCUUGCAAGUGAGGAAAAUGUGGAGCGUGAUGCUGUUCAUAAAGCACUGAUGUCGCUUAUACGGCAGGAUGUUAAAAGUUCCUUGCAGCCUUUAUUUAAGCAUGUGGAGUCGGGAUCAGAGAUUCGUGAAAAAGUUAUUUGUUUCCUUAAAGAUAAGGUCUUCCCUGUUAAAGCAGAGCUGCUGAAACCUCAAGCAGAAAUGGAAAGAUAUAUAACUGAUUUGAUAAAGAAAAGUGUGCUAGAUGUAACCGGGUUGGAAUUUAAAUUAUUCAUGGAUUUCCUGCGGAGUCUCAGUAUAUUUGGGGAUUCCGCUCCUCGAGAGUCGUUCCAGGAAUUGAUUGAAAUCAUUCAAGCACAAGCUGAUCUUGAUGCACAAUUCAAUGUUUCUGACAUUGACCACAUUGAGAGGUGGACGUCGUGCAUGUAUAUGGCUCUUCCUAUCUUUAUGAGAGGGGGAUCGAGCAGCAAGUUCCUCAACUAUUUCGUUAAGCAAAUUGUUCCAGUUUUUGACAAGAUUCCUGAAGAGAAGAAACUGGAUUUGCUCAAAACAGUUGCUGCAAGCUCACCAUAUGCUACAGCACAAGAUGCACGGCAGCUGCUUCCCCCUGUUGUUCAAUUGCUCAAGAAAUAUAUGCCUGGGAAGAAGGUGGAAGAUAUCAACCAUAAUUAUGUUGAGUGCCUGAUGUACAUUUUUCACCAUUUAGCCCAUAAGACACCAAACACCACAAACAGCCUAUGUGGUUACAAGAUUGUUACUGGACAACCAUCGGAUAGACUUGGAGAGGAUUUCUCAGAACAUUACAAAGACUUUACGGAGAGGUUAACUGGAACAGAAGAGACAGUUCGAGCAGUCUCAAAGAGACUAACUCAGGGGAUGGCAGAUUUUAACAAGGCAAUAUCUUCAGCAAAGACUGAAGAAGAGAAAACUAAAAUUAAAUCUGAUCAGCAGAAAUCAACAAUGACAAUGAGGGCCUACAACAACAUACUAGCAAUGGCGCAGCCGUUGCGUGCGAAAUCCCCUUUAUUUAUUGGUGACAAGAAAAUCACUCUCUCAUGGAUGGAGCAGCCAAAGAAACCAGCACCUACAACAACAGGAGGGAAGAGGUCCCAGCCUGCUACAAAUGGGAACACCCCUGCGAGCAAGAAGGGGCGGGGAGAGGGAGCAGCCCGGAAUCAACUUGUGAACAGAGCUUUUGAAGGGUUAUCCCGUGGUGGUAGAGGGAGUGGAAGAGGCCGGGGCAGGGGAGGCCGGGGAAGAGGAUGGGGCUACCGCUGAGAAUAGUUGGAAAUCCCUGCAAUCUGAUGGGAGAAUAGAUCAGCUUUCUGCUUUGAUUUGAGGUACUUCUCAGGAGAUAAGCUUUUCUGUAUGCAGCAAAAUGGGAUUGGUGAUAGCCCGUGAAGGCAUGCUCAAUUGCUGAAUGCAUACAGAAAGCUCAUAUGAUGGAUGCUUGAGUAUAUCGAUGAUUUUUUAGACCCUAGUCGUGGAGGUUCAAGAAUGUGGAGUGUAUGUACGCCCUAGUUCAUUUACAUCCCUGACCGUUUGUUAGUUGACCAGUUCUACUUGUUUUGGUGGUUCGAUGAACUCAAGCAGAACUUUUAAAUUCUAGAAUUUGUUGUUAAAGACUAUUUAUUUAAGAAUCAAUAGAUUGCCGAGGUGAAUUAUGUUUAUUGCAAUAUUGUUUGCUUUCGUCACGAUUUGUA